AUUUUAUACAUUUAAGCAAAAUAAGAAACGUUCCAAACUCCCCUAUGAAAUCCUAAAUGGACUGUUUGCUGUAGUUUAACGGAAUUGCAUUAAUGUCCGGGCUGUUUAUAGAAGGAUCUUAUAUACAACUUUAGAUUGUUCAAGAGUUUCUCCAUGAACAACCUGAAUGAUCCACCUAGAUGGAAUAUUAGACCAGAUCCAGCUGGAGGAAAUGAUGGGGAUAGAUGGAAUUAUGCCCUGCUGGUGCCCAUGAUCGGGCUGGCAGCAUUUCGUUGGAUAUGGACUCGAGAAUCACAGAGACAGAUCCAAGAUGUGAAAGGUAAGUACGACAGCAACAUGGCAGCCAUCACCAAAGACCUGGAGAUGAAGUACAGAGACACGCUUACAGAAAACAGACGGACGGUGGCGCACCUGGAGGUGGAGCUUGAGAAGGAACGCCAACGCGUACAGGGUUACAGGAAGGCCCUGAUAUCUCAGAGCCAGCAGCUCAUGGAGGAACGCAAGCAGCUUCAGCAAGAACGACAAGAUCUGGAGCAAGAGAAGAAUCAGCUGCUACAGUCUGGCGUGGCUGGUGUGGCACUGCGGAAAGCCCUGGAACGAGAGGAGGAGUGGCAGUGUAGGGCUCAAGCUCUCCUACAGGAGCUAGAGAUGAAGCUAGUGGAAAGGCAGGAAGCAUUCUGCAGCAUCCUGUUGCCACGGGAACAUCGUCUGGAGAUGGAGAAGAACCUGCUGCUGAAAGCUGCCAAAGACCCUGUGGGUUCUGAGCUGAAUUUAGAGGGGGAUCUCAGGGACAUUUUUAAGAAUGACAGACACUGUGCAGAUUUGCUCAACAUGUAUAAGCGCAAGAAUGGUAGUUUGAUGUGGUUGUAUCUCAGGUACUGGCAGCUGCAGGUCACUCUGCAGAAACACAAGAGGGCAGAGGAGACACUCAAAGGAGUGCCACCAAACAGACCUUGAGGCAGGAACCGAUGAUAGAAUCUCAGAUUUUUGUGAAACAGCAGCUGGAAAGUUAAGAUCUUGCUGCUGUUUUCCUUUGCUAAUCUAAAUUAUUUCCAAGAAUUAUUUAUGAUGCCAAACCUUUUUUGGAAACAUUUUGAGCCUGUUUAAAGGAUAGUUAACCCAAAACCUACCCUUGUGUUGUUCUGACCCUGUAUUAUUUUCUUUCUUCCAUGGGACACAGGGAGAUGUUAAGGCCCAAACAUACUUCACGCAAGUACGCAAACAUACCUUGCUACGCAAGCUUAAUUCCAUGUAGUGAAAUGUGUCAGUGCUCAAUUCAUAACCCAACGCAAGUAUGCGCUGCAUUCUCUGCACUGCCUCUCUGAUUUUUUGUUUUCAGUCAACAGCUGUCAUGGCGGAGCAACAAUUUGAGGAGAGUCUUGCCGAACAAGUUAGAUUAUACAAACAUAUUUAUGACCCCUCAUCCCCUCUCCAUUCGAAUAAAACAGCGAUUGAAAAUGCUUGGCAAGAAAUUGCAGCUUCCCUAAAUUCUGAUAACGACACUGUAAAGAGAAAAUGGAAACAACAUCGGGACCGAUUUGUCCAAGCCAGAAAGAAAUGGAAAGGCAUCCGCAGCGGAGAUGCCACAACUUGCUAUGGAUAUCCAGUAAUUUUGGACAUGUUGGGAUGGCUUUUUUACUUCAUAAAACACCAGACAACAGAGUCAAAUUCUCGUGAUUCGUUUCGUGGUGCCUAAAAAAAUACUCUGUCUCCCCCUUGUGGUGUGAGGUUUGUAACCGCCAGAGCAACGCAAGAGCGCAUGUAAAGUAUGUACAACGGGACCACGCUUAGGCCAUGCGUUGGCCAAGCGCUCGCGUGUGCGUUCGCGUAUUUGGGAGAAGUAUGUUUUGGCCUUUAGGCAGGAUGGCAGCCGCAGUCACCAUUCAGUUUCUAUGAAGAAGGAAAAAAGGUGCACUGAAAGUAAAUGGUGACUGAGGUUAACAUUCUGCCCAACAUCCCUUUUGUGUUUCAUGGAAGAAAGAAAGUCAUGCAGCUUUGGAACAACAUGAGGGUGUGUAAAUGUUGACAGAAUUUUCAUUUUUUGGUGAACCAUUCUUUGAACUAUCCCUAUAGUCCUUGAAAAUCAUAUCUGAAAAUGCAGCUGCAAAAUGAACACAAAAUUAAUGUUGUUCUUAUUUUUUGUUUGGAUUAAAUAUGUUUUAAUUAACAAUAGAAAUUAAAACAAUUGUUCUUA